AUGAAGUUCAUAAACACCAUCCUCACACUUUUUGUUUUCAUCCGAACCAUGCACUGCGCGCCGGUGUCGAGUGCAUAUGAGGCACUAUUCUUCUAUUAUGCCUACCAAAUUGACGCUGCGGCGGCCGCCCGGGCCGCAGCAGACGGGGUCCCGUGGACGCAAACGAUCGGCCAGAGAUGCAUAGGGGCCGACUGCAGCUUUGUGGCCUUUGUCCAGUCGAUUAUGAAAGAAGACGCAGCCGCAGAGCUGACACCCACCGCGUUGGGGGACACCACGUCUCCGAACGUCUACAACACGGCGCAAGAUAUCAUCGAGAACUGGAAUUAUGAUUACAAGCAACUGGUCGCCGACAACAUCAUCACGGGGAAAAACAAACCCUGGUCCGUCAUGAUCACGGCCAUCGUGGACAAGGUCCAGGCCGCCCGCGCGGUGGUUCCGUCAGCGGACCUGGUUCAGAAAUGCACCACAGCGUUGCGGUGGGCGCAGGCCGCGCGCCUGACGGAUAUGGUUGGGGAUGUGAUGGCGGACCCCUUGACGGGCGAGCGCACCAAGGCGUUCAUAGCCGAAUUCAAAGAUGUCGACCUUGAAGCCAUCACGCGAACGCUGGGAACCGACCAAACCGACAGCGAAAGCCGCGCGAUCGAAUUUCUGGAUUUGGAUUACGAAGGUAUGGCCGGUGGGGACGCAGACCAAUUAGCAAAGUUCAUGGCGUGGACCGAAACGACCCCGUCCAAGAAAGAGUUUCCCAGCUACAGGAGGCAUCGAGAAUGGGCGUUGCUCUAUGAUGAGAAGGCGACAGUAAUGGAGACAGGAUGUUCAAAUUGAGGGUCUUGCGGUCUUGGUGCAUGAUGUAUGCAUGUACUGUACUGUGCCGAAUAGUGUCCAUGUAUUGGCGGGUUCAAGUCGGCAAACCGUCCA